AUGACGUGUGCCACUGCCGGGCUGGCAGAGACGCUCGCCCACGUCGAGAAGUACGAGACGGUGACGCCGCGAGAGGUGCCGGUGCCCCGGAGAAAGAGGGACCUCUCUGCACCUCGGAGCACGUACCCGGACCGUGUCCUCUACAGCGUCCGUGCCGAAGGCAGGGAAUACCUCCUGUGGCUGGAGAAGAACAGGGCGCUGCUGGGGCAGCACUACACCGAGACACACUACUCUGCCGACGGCACGGAGGUCACCGAGCGGCCCGACACUCAGGAUCACUGCUUCUACCAGGGCCACGUGCGGGGCCACGCCGGCUCGGCAGCGAGUGUCAGCACCUGCCGCGGGCUCAGCGGGUUUUUCCGGGUGAACGAGACCACGUUCCUGCUGGAGCCGCUGGAGGGGGCCGUGUCGGGCCGGCACGCUCUGUACCGAGCCGCUCACCUGCGGGGGAAGCGCCGCCCCUGCCGCGAGUCCGGGGACACCCUGGAGUACGACCGCGAGCCGAAAAUCCCUGCAGCCAUGAAGCUCUACCGCUGGAAGUCGGGUCCGACACACAAAGGUCCCCGGUACGUGGAGCUGGUCCUGGUCGCUGACAAUGAGGAGUUCAGGAAGCACAGGGACCUGCGCACGGUGCAGAACCGCAUGAAGGAAAUCGUAAACCACGUGGACAAGCUCUACCAGCCUCUCCGCCUGCGGGUGGCCCUGAUCGGCUUGGAGGUGUGGAACCACAAGGACAAAAUCACAGUCAGCCCCAACCCAGAGGUGACCCUGGACAACUUCCUGCACUGGCGGGAGUCGGAGCUGCUGCGGAGGAAGCCGCACGACAACGCCCAGCUGAUCACGUCUGUGGGAGUGGGAGCAGUCAGCCAUGGGACCAGUGGCGCACAGCAGCAUGAGGGACCUGGUGCUGAGCCCCGGUGGGCCCCUGGGGGUGCUGUGGAGAAACCACGAGAGCAUUUCACCCACCCUGCACUCCUUGUCCCGCAGGACCACAGCACCAACCCCAUCGGCGCCGCGUCCACCAUGGCUCACGAGAUGGGGCACAACCUGGGCAUGUCCCACGACGAAGACGUCCCCGGCUGCCACUGCCCCCUCCCCAAGGCUGACGGGGGAUGCGUCAUGGCAGGGAGCGUUGGCCUGGUUUACCCGAAGCUGUUCAGCCGCUGCAGCGAGCAGGACAUGUGGCAGUUCCUCGGGGACCCCCGGGCCAGCUGCCUGCUGAACGCCCCCCGGGCAGACGAGCUGUACGGGGGGCCCGUGUGCGGGAACCAGUUUGUGGAGCGGGGAGAGCAGUGUGACUGCGGCACACCCGAGGAGUGCUCAGAUCGCUGCUGCAAUGCCUCCACCUGCCAGCUGAGAGAGGGAGCUGAGUGUGCCCAGGGGGAAUGCUGCCAGGACUGCAAGGUGAAGGCUGCAGGAGUGCUCUGCCGGGCCAGCAAGAACGACUGCGACCUGCCCGAGCACUGCACCGGCCUCAGCGCCGAGUGCCCGGAGGACGUGUUCCAGGAGAACGGCAUCUCCUGCCAGAACGGCAACGGAUACUGCUACAACGGGGGCUGCCCCUCGCACGGCGAGCAGUCCCCGUGGCUGUCCCAGGGAGAGCCGUCGGCCGGGGUUUCCCGAGGGAACCAGGAGCGGGACAGUGCCAGCUCCGGUUUGGAUGCCAGCCCCGCGUCCGUCCAGGCUCUCCCGCGCCCUGGAAGCCGCUGCCUUCUCUCCUGA